GCAGACGUGAGCGGACGUCGUCAUCUUGUCGUCUCGAUCUCGACUUGAGCUUUUGGACUUCUCCCCUUUUGAAGACCUCCAGGCUCCAGUGGUCCGUACUUGCACCCUUAGGAAAUGGUAACCUAGGCUGGCGUGUGGCAACCGCUUUCAAUUCUGCACGCAAAAUCAUAAGUGCGUGUGUGGUUGGUGAUUCCACAGGACAAUUGGUGUUGAAUGCCCGCACCAAGUGGGAGUUCUGGUAUGCCCGCUUGAAUAUUGCGGCAGUUUUGGAAGUCGCAACGCAAAGUUCCAAACAGUUUCUGCGACCGUGAAUGAGACUGGUGGAACGGAAGGUCCAAACUCCAAUCAGACAGGAGGUGUGACGAAUUCUGAAGAGAGAGACAGAGGGAAACGAAGACGGAUCAUCCAACAAAGGUUGCAAUGCUGCAGCGUGUACAGGCAAUCCUUCCAAUUUUGCGCCACCAAACCAUGCUCAAGCAAGCAAGUGAGACAACUAGCAGUAAAAGCGAGCAAACAGAAACGGCUGUGAAGGGCCACCAGGGCAGGUGGAAGAGGGUGGCCCGUCCAUCGGACAAACAUCGGAAGAUAAUGAACAAAAACCGACCAAACACAGCAGUUUUUGUUGACACCAAAACAACCCGAAAACCCGAACUAAUCUGAACUAGCUCAGCUUUGGUAUCAACAUCUCGAAACUACCAGCAGGCACAUAUUCCUUGGGUUGGCUGGGCUGUGGUGCUCAUCCAAUUGUUUUGCUUGGCGCACCAGCCAGGUACCUUUUGUGCAUUGCAAUGACUUUACUUAUUCCUUUUUGUAUACUGUAGUACUUUGUUAGUGCGCAGUCUUGUCCUUGAUCACUGCGUGCUUGCUCCGAAUCUAUUGCGGGUUUUUGCUUGCGUCUGCAUGGUUGGUAAAAAUCCACUGGCUUCGACAAAGCACUCGAAGCAGGCAACGCUCAAUCUUUUUCGAAUUUUUCUCGCGAACUUCAGACUUGGUUGUGAGAGAAGGGAGACAGGAGAGUUGGUCAGAAGAUGUGGAAAAUACGACAGCACCUUGCUCUUAUGCUUUCUCUCCUUACCGCCCUUCAUUUCGUUUGUGAGCGAACAGAUUGACAUUUUGAUGAGGAUAGAUCGGCAUUUAAUUCACUUUGACCAACAGGUCAGAGCUCUAGUUGCAAUGAGCGCAUUCGCUGGUUGAUGCAGAACAUUUUCCAGGGGCAGGACAAUCGCUGUUUCCAAGCCUACACCAAGGUGAAGGUCCAAUGCAAAAACGUUUGCCAAGGUUGCACCAUUCAGGAUGCCUGCCCGCGCCAGCUGGAGUCUGAUGACCCAUUUGAUUGCCAAGUUGGGUUGAGAGCGGCUUUCCAUGCUUGGUCGCCGCUGAAAAAGCAGUGGUGCUGCUGGAAAGAAGGAAGGGGCUGCGAGAGGACAAGCUUGCCAGGGGAUCACGGUGACGUGGGAAAGCAUGUUCAGGUCAACGACUCAUCGACUUGGCAAGUGAGUGGACAGGAUGAACGUGAUGUUGUGUCUAUUUGAACUGUUAACGCCAAAAUUUUUGGUUGAGGUCCAAGAGGAUUUGCUUCUGAACUGAACGUCGAAUCUGUAGAGGGAAGAUUUCGAUUGGCAAAGUCCAUUUGAAACAUUCCCGUGCUUCUUACACUUGGUUUUGAGUUUUCAGAUAUCAAUAUCAACAUCAAAGAGACUACGUCUAAUUCUGAGCCUUCUGAGCUUCCAUGUCCAAAAUGGGAUGACUAGGCGCGAUAAAAAUCGAAAGAAGCCUGCACGAAGCAUUGCGCCGGAACCACACAGCUUGACCCAAAAGUCGCACUUGAAGAACGGCUUUUGGUUUCAAAAGGUUUCAUGCUGUACACUUCUCGAUUUGUGCAGUGUCGCGUUUCUGCGCUCCUCCAAUGUCCAAG